AUGGCGGCCCCUCAGGCCGCGCAGCCUUCAGCUACGCAGCAGCAGCAGCAGCAACCACAACAACAGCCGCAGCAAUCGCAGCAGCAGCAGCCCCCGCCGCACCACCCACAGCAUGCGCCACAUGGGCCGCAUCCUCCGCAGCAGCAGUCGCAGCAGCAGCCUGCCUCCGCUGGCGCUCCGGGCCCCGCUCCAACUCAGCCGGCUGCUGCACCGGCGCAGCCCGCUCCGGCCGACGACACUCCGGCGCCGCCUCCCGCUAAGAAGAGUCGGACAAAUACGCCUUGGACGCCGGCUGAGGAGCUUCGGCUGAAACAGAUGCGUGAUGCGGGCCACAGCUGGGCCGAGAUUGCCAAGACCUUUCCAUCGCGAACAGAGGGGAGUGUGAAGAAGCACUGGUACAAGGACAUGCAUUAUGCUGAAUUCGCUGAGGACGAAAAAGCGGCCUUGUUCUCAGCCAUCAAGGAGUACGAGAACAACAAGUGGAAGACAAUCGGGCAGAAGGUUGGAAAGCCUGCGAAGGCCUGUGAGCAGUAUGCCAAGGAGCAUUUUCCUGGUGAGUGA